AUGGUUUCAGAGCUCCUAAUAGGAAAUAGUGCUGCUCCAUUGGAACGACACGCGUCUAACUUCUUUGCACCCUUUUCGACUCCCGUUUCCCUCAAGAGGCGCCGAAUCAACUCGGUUUUAGAAGGCGCCAAAAUAUUACCCAUCGAUCUCAAAACGAGACACAAAGAUCUAUGGUACGACGAUGGUAACAUAGUGAUCGUGACAGACACAAUGCUCUUUCGCGUCCACCGUAGCAUCUUGUCGCGAUAUGCCUCAGUUUUCAGUGACAUGUUCUCUAUCCCUCAACCUCCCACCCAGGACUUGAUACACGGGUGUCCUUUUGUUGAGCUCUUUGACGACGCAAAGGACGUCGCCACCAUGCUUUCUACUCUUUAUGAUACUCGACUUCUCGUCGCGCCCAGCGUAGAGUUCGAUGUCGUGUCAACUUGGCUUCGUCUGGGCAGCAAGUAUGGUAUAUCUUGCAUCCGCGAUGAAGCCAUCGUUCGUCUGGAUGCCUGUUACCCGUGCUCGCUCGCCAGCUUCUGGAACAGCCAGAUCCUUACCUAUACCAAGAAAUCGCGUCCAAUAGUUUACUCCGACGGUGAAGAAUACUUCGCUUACCGCCUGGCGUGGACUCACGACCUUCAUCACAUCGUCGCGGUUGCCUUGUAUAAGUGCUGCCAGCAUUCCAUCGCUUCUUUGAAGAAUAUGGUCCAUCUCGCCUGCGGGCCACUUGACCUUGAUCGCGACUUCCUGCUCCAUUACACCGAAGGCCGCGAAAAGCUCUUGGAUAACAAGCUUACUUGGUCUUUAGGGUUUCUGAACAGCGAUGUAACGCGGAACUGUGCGAAGGAGGGUUGUCAGGCCGCCAAGAUUGGGAUGAUUGUGGAGAUGCACCAGUCGGGGAUGAUGCGCCACCCGGACGCGCUGACGGACCAUAGUCGCAUGAUCAAGAGGAGUGGAUUUUGUCCAGAUUGCGCGUCCAAGCUUGAGGAGCUGCAUAUGGAGGAUCUUCGGGGCGUUUGGGAUGAUCUAGAGCGAUGGGCCGAAGUGCAGAUGAAGACGAUGACUAAGUGUAGUUUUCUCUCCGUUUCUUUCAACAAAGACACGCUUCGUGCCAACUUAUGUGGCCUGACUGUCACGGCUUCCAGUACACUAGGCUCCUGUUCACGAGUUCUACAUUUCUACAAGGCAAAAAGCUGUACAUGGGUCUUCAUCGUAGCAUGUAAGUCACACAAGUAUAACCUCUCGAUUUAUGCUUUGGCUAUGGCACCCUUGAGACACGAGAAGCCACUCCGUCCAUAUCCUUCAAGUCGAAUGGUGUAG